AUGAUUGUGAAAUUCAUCUUGGGGGCCCCAUGCAUGAUGGCGUUACUAAUAUGCAAAUGGAGGAGAAGACACUUAGCAAUGGAUCAAAAUGUUGAAGAAUUUUUGCAAUCUAACAAUAACUUAUUGCCAAUAAGGUAUUCUUACUCGGACAUUAGGAAAAUCACGAGUGGCCUUAAGGAUAAACUAGGUGAGGGAGGGUACGGGUCCGUGUUCAAAGGAAGACUUCGGAGCGGCCGUGAGGUGGCGGUCAAGAUUCUAAAGAAGGGAAAAACGAAUGGGCAGGACUUCAUCAACGAAGUAGCUACCAUUGGCAGAAUUCAUCAUGUUAAUAUUGUUGGACUCAUUGGUUAUUGCUUUGAGGGCUCUAAACAAGCUCUUGUCUACGAUUUCAUGCACAAUGGAUCUUUGGAAAAGCACAUUUUCUCACAAGGACAAGGGAUUUCUCUUGAAUGCAAGGAAGUGUAUAAGAUUGCUCUCGGAGUGGCUAGGGGGAUUGAAUAUCUUCAUCGAGGAUGCGAUAUCCAAAUUUUACACUUUGAUAUUAAGCCUCAUAACAUUCUUCUAGACAAGGAUUUCACCCCAAAAGUUUCUGACUUUGGGCUUGCAAGAUUGUAUCCAACGGAUUACAACACCGUAUCUCUGACUGCCGCAAGAGGAACCUUGGGAUACAUGGCUCCGGAGCUCGUCUUCAAGAACCUUGGAGGCGUCUCUUACAAAGCCGAUGUCUAUAGUUUUGGAAAAUUGUUGAUGGAAAUGGCCACUAGAAGGAAGAAUGAGGACAAGGUUACAGGGUGUUCGAGUCACACUUACUUUCCUUUAUGGGUUCAUGACCAACUUAGUAAAGAAUUGGAAAUUCCAAUGGAAGUUAGUGAGGACGAGAGGAAAAUAAUAAAGAAAAUGAUAAUAGCUGCUCUUUGGUGCAUACAAUGGAAUCCUAACGAUCGCCCUUCGAUGCAGAAAGUCUUGAAAAUGCUUGAAGGAGAAGUAGAUGAUCUACAAAUAUCUCCCAAGCCACUCUUUUAUGCAACAGAAAUGUCAAGAAAGGAUGAUGGAACUUUUACUGACAAAGGCAAUAAUACCAUAUCCACUACAUCAACUAGUGCAAUAACUUAUGAAGAUUCUUAUCUUGAGUUUACUAGUAUUAGCAUUACACAAGUAUAG